AAGCCACGAAGAAGAGCCAGCAGCCGGAAGGUCGAGUUGUGUUGUGAGGUAGCAGGUGUAGGACCUGUGUAGGACAGAUGCUCAGGUGUAAGACAGCCCAGGUGUAAGACAGCUCAGGUGAUAGAGACUAAAGUCUGGAGACCCUCAGACCAGACUAAGUACCGGUCGGGAUCCCACCGGGACGCUUCAGCGACGCCCUGUCAGUUAGCACAGGCAGCUAACCGCUAACAGCAGUAACACUCAGGUGUUAGCAGCUAGUUAGCUUGGAGCCGGUCCAGGAUGCUAGAGGGUCGCUGGUGAGGAUCGACUCCCCUCCCACGGGCCAUGUCUCUGGUCUUCCCACGACCCAGUACCAACGCAGUCCACGGCAAGAAGGAGAAGAGGCUGAUGGCGGAGGUGAACGCGUCACCGCUAAAACACUUUGUCACGGCAAAGAAGAAGAUCAACGGGAUCUUCGAGCAGCUGGGGGCCUACAUCAAGGAGAGCUCCUGCUUUCUGGAAGAUACUCACAAAAAUGACGAGCUGGACCCCGUCACCACGGAGGACCAGGUCCAGGAGGUCCGGGGUUACCUCACCAAGGUGGCAGGGAUUGGAGAGGUGCUGGCCCGCAGACACAUGAAGGUGGUCUUCUUUGGAAGGACCAGUAACGGGAAGAGCUCAGUGAUCAACGCCAUGCUGUGUGACAAGGUGCUGCCCUCUGGAAUCGGACACACCACCAACUGCUUCCUGAGGGUGGAGGGCACCGACGGCCACGAGGCCUUCCUGCUCACUGAAGGCUCUGAGGAGAGAAAGAGCAUAAAGACGGUGAACCAGCUGGCUCAUGCUCUGCACCAGGAUGAGGACUUGGACGCGGGCAGCUUGGUCUGCGUCAUGUGGCCUAAAGCCAAGUGUGCUCUGCUGAGGGACGACCUGGUGCUGGUGGACAGCCCAGGUAUUGACGUCACCACAGAACUGGACAGCUGGAUCGACAAGUUCUGCCUGGACGCCGACGUGUUUGUUCUGGUGGCGAACUCAGAGUCCACGCUGAUGCAGACGGAGAAGUCCUUCUUUCAUAAGGUCAACGAGCGGCUCUCCAGCCCCAACAUUUUCAUCCUCAAUAACCGCUGGGAUGCCUCGGCCUCGGAGCCGGAGUACAUGGAGGAGGUCCGCAGGCAGCACAUGGACCGCUGCACCAACUUCCUGGUGGAUGAGCUGGGCGUGGUGGACCGAGCCCAGGCCAGUGACCGCAUCUUCUUCGUCUCUGCCAAGGAAGUACUCCAGGCCCGGGUGCAGAAGGCUCAAGGGAUGCCUGAAGCAGGUGGAGCGCUUGCUGAAGGCUUCCAGGCCCGAAUGUUUGAGUUCCAGAACUUUGAGAGGCGAUUUGAGGAGUGCAUCUCCCAGUCAGCUGUGAAGACCAAGUUUGAGCAGCACACUGUGAGGGCCAAGCAGAUCUCUGAGGCCCUGCGCUGCAUCAUGGACUCUGUUCAUAUUGCUGCACAAGAGCAGAGGGUCUACUGCCUCGACACCAAAGAGGACCGUCAGGACCGGUUGGAGUUCAUAGACAAGCAGUUGGACCUGCUGACCAUGGACUGUAAGGCCAAGAUCAAGAAGAUCACUGAGGAGGUGGAGCGACAGGUGGCAAACGCCAUGGCAGAGGAGAUUAGGAAGCUCCACGUGCUGGUUGACGACUUCCAUAUGGACUUCCACCCUUCACCAGUGGUGCUCAAGGUCUACAAGAACGAGCUCCACCGCCACAUAGAGGAGGGUCUAGGCAAGAACAUGUCAGAGAGGUGCUCCAGCUCCAUCACUGGGGCCCUGCAGGCCACGCAGACCGACAUGAUCGAGGGUCUGAAGCCUCUGCUGCCCGGCCCGGCCCGGGAGCAGGUGGACAAGCUGGUUCCCCGUCAGUGCUUCAGCCUCAGCUACGACCUGGCCUGUGACAAGCUCUGCAGUGACUUUCAGGAGGACAUCGGCUUCCACUUCUCUCUGGGCUGGACCAUGCUGGUGAACCGCUUCCUGGGGCCCAAGAACACCCGGCGGGCCCUCAUGGGCUACAGCGACCAGGUCCCCCGGCCCCUGGCCCUGACCCCGGUCAGCACCAGCAUGCCUCCGUUCCCACAGAGCUCCAUGACCCAGGAGGAGCUGAUGGUGUCCAUGGUAACCGGUCUUGCCUCCCUUACCUCCCGUACUUCCAUGGGCGUCCUCGUGGUCGGCGGCGUGAUCUGGAAGGCCGUGGGCUGGCGUUUGAUCGCCCUGUCGGUGGGUCUGUAUGGGCUGCUCUACAUCUAUGAGCGGCUCACCUGGACCACCAGGGCCAAGGAGAGAGCCUUCAAGAGACAGUUUGUGGACUACGCCAGCGAGAAGCUGCAGCUCAUUGUCAGCUACACCGGGUCCAACUGCAGCCACCAAGUCCAGCAGGAGCUGGCCGGUGUGUUUGCUCAGCUCUGCCAGCAGGUGGACGUCACCCGUCAGAACCUGGAGGAUGAAAUCACAGACAUGAACAGCAAGAUCGAGCUAUUGGACGGCCUGCAGAGCAAAGCCAAGCUGCUGCGGAACAAGGCGGGCUGGCUGGACAGCGAGCUCAACAUGUUCACCCAGCAGUACCUCCACCACAGCAAGUAAACACCAGAGCAGAGCCAGAACCCAGACCAGAGGAACAGCUGGUCCCCUGCUGAAGGUUCCUGUAUUUUAAUGAGAGGAAGUGGAUCGUUGGAGUCAAUGGUGAUCUGGAUCCGAGGAUGUGAGCUCUGUCCUGUGGUCAGCUCGUCCCACAGACUCAGAGCGCCCCCUGUGGCUGAUAGUCUGACUGCAGAACAGAAGCUGAGCUCUCCUUGAAUCCCCAUCCUGCCCCCUAACCACUGCUCUGGGACUCGACCUGAGUCCAGUGAAGUCGGCCACAGUGAACUUGUUGAUGUGAUUUUGUGCUUAGGUGGAAGAAAGUUUUUUAUGUUAGCUGAAAGUGGAACUGGUCUCACCUGAGACAGAUUCAGCAGGUUUCAUCCAUGUAUAACAUCUGCUUUUACUGAGUGCACCUCCUUUAUUGUCCCAGAUCUUCAUUUCUGUGAGGAGAAAAGUUUUGACCUGUGAAGAAUAGAUUUUAGUUUGUUCCUUGUGUUGCUGCGCUUGAUCUGUAUUUAUAUCAUCAUCUUCAUCCUCAUCAUCACAUCUCAUGUUCAGACUCAGACCAGCCGCAUUUCCUGUCUGUGGCUCCGAGCCUGUUGGCUCUAGCCUUUAAACAGAAUCCGCUGCUCGCAAAUACCUGUCGGGGCUCUUUCAGCAGAGUCCACACGUGGAAGUCUGAGGGUAUUUGGGGUAGCAGGACGGUGUCUGUGGGACUGAGUCUGAACAUGAGAUUUAUUGAUGACCAGAUGCUUCUGAUUUUAUUCACGUUUCACUACAGAAUAUGAGAAGGGCCAAAUGCAGUGCUUAAAUAAUCUGACUUUAUACUGGCUCAAAGUUCACAGAUGUUAAAGUGAGACAUUGCAGCACCAAACCUGAUGGAGCUCCUCCUCUGUUCCACUCUGUUCUUUAAGGACCAGGUUUGUUAAACUGUCCUCAGGAACGAGCUGAUGGAACCCUCUGAUGCUGGGGACACUGUUUCCCUGAUUGAGCUCAGAAUCCAGACCUCCACGUGGCCCUUCUGAUCCCCCACCCAGAUGUGGUUUCAGCGCUCUGUGUUUGUGUUCCUGCCUGUCUGAACGACACAUGAUGGAGGCUGGAGGCAAAUCAGCCCCUGUUUCAGAUGAAUUCUACUGUGGUUUCUGCUGUGUGAAUAUAAUUUAAUAAAGUGGGGGGGAGCUGCACUGUGCCUGGAUUAGUCUGUCGGAUUACUGUAAAGGUCCUGUUUGAUUGGCCGUGCUGUAAAUGGAAGAUGCACGCCGCGUGUCGCCCAGUGAGCAUGAAGGCCAUCGUACGACUGCGCCGUCAGAGUGAACUCGUGCACUUUAUCACUUUGCUGCUGUGUGAUUUGUGUUUGUGAAGCAGAGGAGUCUUCGGGCUUCAGGAGAACCACCUGCAUGCUGUGGCUGUUUGUCCUGCUCAACUGUUCAAACAUGUGUAUGUCUGAAAAUAAAGGUGACGCCAACCUAA